AUGGACCUACAGUUUAUUCUAGACGAGUAUUCCUGCGCUGCGUACGUCGUUGAGUACGUUAACAAAACCAAUCGUGGUGUAAGCUGCCUCCAACGCGAUCUCAUCAAACUUCAAGAGGAGUUCCCUGAUCAGGACUAUACUGCGCUUCUGAAGAAGAUAAGCAUUAAGAUGCUGAGUUCGGUCGAGAUGUCCGCCCAAGAAGCAGCUUGGUAUCUGUUGCGUCAGCCGAUGUCCGAAGCAAGUCGAGCGACGCAGUUCAUUCCGACGAUGUGGCCGCACGAACGUGUCAAGUCCAGAAAACGGAAUAAGCGUAUGGAUGAGGAAGGUAUUGCUGACGAUUCAACUGAUGUAUGGACGUUGAAUAUCGUGCAGAAGUACGAAGAGCGUAGCGGUUUAGAUGAUUUAUGUCUAGCCGACUUCGCGGCACACUACACCAAAGAACGAAUCGGCAGCAAUUCGUACAGAACUCGCACUGUUCCCCGGGUGCUGCAAUGGUGCGCAUAUGAUAUGGCAAAAAUGUCUGAGUACAAACGUGAAAUGGUGUUACUGUUUGUACCGUUUCGUAACGAGCUGAGUGAUAUACUGGACCAGAAUAAAUUCUUGCAGCUCUACGACCAACAUGAAGCGUCCAUUCUAGCGAAGCGUAAGGAGUACGACUGUGAGUUGAAUCUUGAGCAGACCGUUGAGGAAUAUUUACGGAUGUGUGUAGAGGAUGCGCCAAAUGCUCAGGAAACGGCAGCGACAGAAAAGCGUGAUCAAUGUAGUAGAACAAUUGCCAUGGAACCCAACGACGACGAUAUCCGCCUGUUACCCGCGAACGCCUUAUCGGCUGUCAUCAAACAGCGAACCACUGUGAUGACUAAGCAGGAUUACUGUGCUCUAGUACGUAAAACGAAUCCGGAACAGAGAGAUCUCAUACUGCAGGUGAUAGACAACCUGCAUUGCUUCGAUGACAGUAGAAAGCCUCUUCAGCUAUUUUUCACCGGACCGGCAGGAUGCGGGAAAACAUUCACGCUUCACAUAUUGAUGGAAACGUAUAAUCGUUUCAGCCAAGCUCAUAAUGCGCAGAAUAAUGCCUAUGUCGCUUGCGCUUCAACUGGAAAGGCUGCCGUGGCUAUAGGAGGAACAACUGUGCACUCCGCGUUUCACAUCACCAUGGAUCGUAGGCAUCAUGGAAAGCUUGGAUUUGAACUACUGCAGCUGUAUCGACAUUCGUUUGCUAACAUAAGGCUAAUUAUCGUUGAUGAAAUUAGCAUGAUAGGAGCGAACAUUUUCAACACGAUACAUACGCGACUUCAGAGCAUCACCAGUAACUACGAUGUACCAUUCGGUGGGAAAGACAUGAUUUUGUGUGGAGAUUUCCGACAGCUUCCUCCGGUUAAUGCAAGACCGCCUUUCAAACCCGUGAACACUUCAAUAGGUGGUGCAGUGCUCUGGCAAACGUUACACUACUUUCCUUUGCGCCAAGUAAUGCGACAGAGUGACGUUGAAUUUUCUUCAAUACUCACGAAGAUUGGGAACGGUGAGCGAUUGACAGAUGAUGAAGCUAAGCUGGUCGAAAGCAGAUUCCGAACUGUCGAAUGGUGUAAGAAGCACGUACCAAACGCCAUACGGUUAUAUCAUCGCAACACUGCUGUCGACAUGUAUAACAACGAAGCUUUAAGCAGCCAAGAAGGGUGGGACUGUACAGCCGAGGACGUAAUCACCGGUUACAAAGACGCCGCUCAGCUAGCUAGCGCUCGCACCAAGCUUUACAGAAUGAGUGUUGCAGAAACAGGUUGCCUUCCCUACCUGUUGCGAUUGGUUAAUGGUAUGUCGUACAUGAUAACGACCAACGUAGACGUGGGAGACGGCAUCGUGAAUGGUGCUAUCGGCGUGCUAAAAUACAUUGAACACACAGAUGACGACCUUCAGCAAUCAGCAUCCCGCGUUUGGUUCAAGUUUGAAAAUGACGCUGUUGGAGCUCAACUUCGAGUGAAAUCCAGAGCACUUGUGUUUUCAAAACCUGGCAUACUACAGCAAGAUUGGACUCCGAUUUGUAAGCGAUCAGUGAAUGUUAAACUAAGCAGCGCAAUCAAGUGCAAGAGAAUACAGUUUCCCGUUGCCAGUGCGUGUGCUUUGACGAUCCACAAAUCCCAAGGAGGUACCUUCAACGAAAUUGUGGUUGAUUACGAUAAGAGCCAGGAGCAGCAACUGGUAUAUGUCGCCAUGUCACGUGUGAGCUCACUACAGGGGCUUUAUCUGACCAACUCUGCGAACUCGUUCAUAUUCCACCAUGCGAAGGGCAGCAAUACACCAAGAAUGAGGGAACUGCGAGACGAGAUGCAUAGGCUCGAAAACCACAAGCUGGUGACGCUCAGUGACGAACUGAAUACGUUCCUUUCAAAUGACGGCCAUUCUGGUGUAUUGAUGAGCCUCAAUGUCCAAAGCCUUAAUGCACAUUCUAAAGACAUGUCUACCGAUCAUGUAAUGACACGGGCUGACUUCUUUGCGCUCAGUGAAACGUGGAUUGACAACAAUGCUCCAUUGGAAAUUCAAGGUUACAGAUGCAUAGCCAAAUUCAAACGGGAAAACGUAAGAGCAGGAGGAGUGGCAAUUUUUGAGAGAGCAACAAUAUCACCGUUAUCUAGCUCACACACAAUUGAAAAAUUGAGUGAACAGUACGAUCCCAUCCUCAUAGAAGCUGAAAAGCAUGGCGAUAUUUGCGCAGCAAAUAUCCAAGUCGAAGCUUGCAACAUUAUAGUAUUCUGCGUAUACCUGUCACCGAAUACUACGAUGAAGCAAGCCAAAACCUUCAUGACCAGGAAUCUGUUCCACUAUAAAACGAAAGAUAAUCCAAUCAUCGUUACUGGGGAUUUCAACGUAGACGUCUCGAAAGCUGAGAAUAUCGGAUUCGUCCAAUUCAUGAAGAAUUUUCUGCAACUCGAUCUCGUAUCAGACCCUAAGCUGCCGACUACAUUGGGUGGUACAUGCAUCGAUUUGGUGUUUGCAAGAAAAAUACCGGAAUUGCCAACCAAAAGGUUUAUUACGUACUUUUCGUACCAUCGCCCCUUGUUUACCUUGUUGUCUGCUGUAAGUUACUGAAUAAUUCUUGAAUAUGGUUGAUCAUUUGCUUUAUUUUAUAGCCACCGACGACACAGUAGUGGCAAUAGGAUGCUUCCGUUUUGAACUGGGUGUUACAACAACGUCAUCUUACAUACCGUUCAUUAUAAAACCACAUCACCAAAUCGGUCCUUUUGAAGGCCAUGCAACAUCAAAACGGCUCUUUUCAGAGCCACAAACCAUCAAAACGGCCCUUUUCAGGGCCACCACAAUUUUCAAAGAAAGAGUUAAUUUGGAAUAUUUUCUAACACAAGAAUAAUUACACAUGAACUGAAAAAGAAUCUUAUU